UAGCUUUAAAUAUAGGAUCGAACCCUACGGUUGGUCAUCAGUGCUUGGUUCCAGGCUGCUACCUCUAUCAACCACUACAUCAUUCAUAUCUUCAACAUUGUACCCUCUAGCAUUCGCAUCACCCACACGAAGCCAGAUCAUUCCCAACACGGAAAAUGUCGGCAUCCAUGGAUAUCCGUACGAAGAGCCUGAGCAAGCCCGUUAACGUGGCUCAGUACCUCUUCACACGUCUAUACCAGAUCGGAAUACGUUCAGUACACGGUCUUCCGGGCGACUACAACCUGGUCGCUCUUGACUACCUGCCCGAGUGCAACCUCAAGUGGGUCGGCAGCGUAAACGAGCUGAACGCCUCCUACGCAGCAGAUGGCUACGCCCGCGUGAAGGGCAUUUCGGCCCUCAUCACGACCUUCGGUGUCGGUGAGCUCUCUGCCAUCAACGGUAUCGCAGGUGCCUACUCGGAGAUGGUGCCCGUCGUCCACAUCGUUGGUUGCCCCAGCACGAUAUCGCAGCGCAACGGCAUGCUGCUGCACCACACUCUCGGCAACGGCGACUUCAACGUUUUCGCCGACAUGAGCGCGUCCGUCUCCUGCGCCGUGGCCAAGCUCAACGACCCUGCCGAGGUCGCCGCCCAGAUCGACCACACCCUGCGCGAAUGCUACAUCAAGAGCAGGCCCGUCUACAUCAUGCUUCCCUCGGACGUAGUGGAGGACCAGGUCGAGGGCGCCCGCCUCGACACCGAAAUUGACCUCAGUAUCGUCGAGAACGAGCCCGAGCGUGAGGACUACGUCGUGGACCUCAUUCUCAAGACCUUGCACAGCUCCAAGAAGGCCGUGGUGCUUGCUGACGCUUGCGCCAUUCGCCACCGUGCCGUUCCUGAGCUCACGGCCUUCCUUGACAAGACGAACCUGCCCGUGUUCGUCACCCCCAUGGGCAAGAGCGCUGUCGACGAGACCAAGGAGAACUACGGUGGUGUAUACGCUGGCGACGCCUCGCACCCCGACGUCAAGGCCCUCGUUGAGGGCGCUGAUGUGGUGCUCGCUGUUGGUGGCCUGAAGAGUGACUUCAACACGGCCGGUUUCAGUUACAAGACAAGCCAGCUCAACACCAUUGACCUGCACAGCGACCACUGUGUCGUUCGUUACAGCGAGUACCCCGGCGUUAAGAUGGGCGGUGUCCUGCGCAAGGUGACGGAGAGGUUGGACAUGAGCAAGUUGAGUGUCCAGAAAAUUGCCCACGUUGGACCUCAGGCUGUGGCCGAGAAGUUGGAGGGCGCAGACCAGAUCAUCGACCAGAAGUGGUUCUGGCCCCGCGUUAGUGACUUCCUCAAGGAGAACGACAUCGUGGUCACCGAGACUGGUACCGCCAACUUCGGCAUCUGGGACACCAAGUUCCCUAAGGGCGUCACAGGGCUGAACCAGGUGCUGUGGGGCAGCAUUGGUUGGGCCGUCGGUGCAUGCCAGGGUGCCGCCCUUGGUGCCAAGGAUGCCGGUUCCGACCGCCGUACCAUCCUAUUCGAGGGCGACGGCAGUUUCCAACUAACCGCCCAGGAGGUCAGCACCAUGAUGCGUCACGACCUGAACAUCAUCCUCUUCGUCCUCUGCAACGACGGAUACACUAUCGAGCGCUUCAUCCACGGCGAGGAGGCCGAGUACAACGACGUUGUGGAGUGGAAGUACAAGGAGCUCGUCACCGUCUUCGGCGGCUCGGAGCAGCGCACAAAGAAAUACAGGGUCAACAACAAGGGCGAGCUCGACGCCUUGCUUAACGACCAGGACUUCAACGACCGCAAGGGCAUGCGCUUCGUCGAGGUCGUCAUGGAUCGCAUGGACGCCCCCAACAGCUUGCGCUUGACGGCCGAGGCCAGUGCGAAGAACAACGCUCGCCGGGAAUAGAUUCUUCCCCCCCAUCCCCCGCCCCUUUUGUUUUUGGCGAAAUUCGUGGGAGGAUAGCUAAUAAAUGAGCUGGGACGAUAUAGUAAGAGAUGAGUCUGGAAGGAUUGCAUGGCAUGGUUGGAAUGAAAUCAUGAUUCGGAAUACAUCUUGGGUUAAUGGAGUUGAAGGCUUGGAUUGGUUACCACUCUGCAUAGAAAUAGAAAUACUAGAUACGAAAGCAUAUUCGCAAUUAGAAUAAACAAGUUCAAAUCA